AUGGAGUACAUGGCUGAAGGAACCACGAUUCCAGCAGAAGAAUGGUCGGACGGCUCUUGGCAGCCAUCGCCUGGUUUCUGCGCCCAGGACAAGAGACGCCUCGAGUUCCGCCAGGCAACACCGCACCUGAACGGCGCCCAGCAAGCGACGCCCCCUCGUAACGACCUGAAACCGCGCCUGCCGCCCCUCCGCAGCAGCAGCAACAAACAGACCAUUCCGGACCCUGCAACCGUGACUGGUCCCGGUCGAGGUCCCGGUCCAGGCCCCGGUUCAAUUCAAGGUCCAGGCCCCGGUCCAAAUCACAGUCCAAGUCCCGAUCGUGGUCCUGUUCUGCUAGCUACCUCAACUCGUCCUCAUAGCCUCUCUCCUCCUCCUGGUUCGUCCCAGGGAUUGUCGCAGUCAUCAUCCGUGCCUGGUCCCAAGAAGCUUGCCUUGGCCCAAGGACCCCCAGCGUCGCUCAAAGCAUCACGGAAGUCGUUGCUGGACCCACAGGUAAAGGCAGAAUUCCUCACUUAA